AUGUCUGAACAACAGCAGCAUGACCAUCCCGAAGUGACAAAUCAUGAGGAACAAGAAGAAGAUUCCAUCAAUGAUCUUGUCGAAGACCAAGAAAUAAUCAUACAACAAGAAGAAGAAGAAUACACCCCGAUCAAUUAUAACCAUUUGUAUUAUUGUGGCAACAACGAAUAUGAACACUUUGAAGACUUGCAUUCAUGCACCUCACCUCACGCUUCUCAUCAUGACAGCUCGUUGCCCGUGGAUUGUAUCGAACAUGUAUUAAGUUUUUUUAGGAUGAGAGAACGAAUUGCUCUUUCUUUGGUAUCAUCGGAUUGGAAUAGAGCAUUUGAAAAGAGCAUCAAGCAGUUGAGCCUGUCCAAGAUGAAGAGUGACUAUUGGCUCAAGCACCAAAAGUUGUUUAGAAAAUUUCUCAUUCGAUUUCCAGAAGUUCAAUCAAUGAAUUUUGAAGCACCUGCUGAAGGUAUGCGAUCGGCUUCAAAAGUAGAUCUCACUUUGCGUUUUUCCAUGGAUUUAAUUCAAUUUUUGUUGAAAAUCCUUCCAUCGUCGUUAAAGAGCUUUGCUUUUUCUCAUUUUGCUUGCGGAUUAUCAACCAAGAGCUUUGAGUUGGUGAUUCCAGAAGACAAGCAAUUACGAGAACUUUCCAUUAUUAAUUGCAAACACUGUGACAAUUUAUCCAUCAAGGGAUGCAAUAAUCUCAACUCUCUCAGUAUAUCAUGGGCCUCUUUCUUCCCUAAAAUGGAAUGGAAUGAAUUGAAAAAUUUGAGAGUGUUAAACUUGAGUCAUAACAAGGCAGUGAAUGACGAAACUAUAAACCAACUAGUUUCUAGCUGUCCAGCCCUAGAAAAGUUAUAUCUAGUUGGAGCUAGUGCCAUACAAGCGCCAUUCAAAGAUGUCAGCAUUUCAUCUCUAAAGACAUUGGAUUUAUCUGCGACAAAUAUUGUUGACACAUGUAUUGAAAAUAUUUGCUCAGGUAGUGCAUUGAAUUUAAUGGAACUGAAAGUAAGGACGUGUAUGCAUCUUGUAAAUCCUGCAUUCAAGGAACUGCCUUCUGUUGUGAGCAUACUUUGUAAUUUUAAUUCAAACAUUCAAACAUCUAGCUUCCACAAGCUACCAAGUCUUGAAAAAUUAGAUCUCGACGGAAAUACAAGCUUGAAGGAGAUUUGGCUGUAUCAAUGUAAAAAUUUGAAUUAUUUGGAUAUUUCGAAAACGCUUGUAAAUGAUAAGGCUUUAGCUGAAGUGUUAACAGAGUCUCCAAAACUGAGAGAGCUUUAUGCCAUCAAAUGUUACAAGCUUAAGAGUCCACAGAUAGUACAUGAGAAGCUCGAGAUUUUGAAAGUUACCAACAGUAAUAAUUUAACGAAGAACACAGUGAUUGAUUGCCCUUCACUACACACCCAAAAUGUAGUUGGAACGCCAUUAGAAGAAGGCUUUUUUAUCAAAUUUCCUCAUCGUGAAGAUAUCAGAGAAACGAUCGAAUUGACCAAGGUGGCAAAAGUGAAACGCCAACUCACAAUUCUUACAAACAAGUAA